AUGCUUAUUCAAAUCACUUUACUUCCUGCUUUUAUUCUUGCUCUUGCUACUUCUGUUAUCUCAUCAUCGGCAACAGAGAAACCAAUGGAAAAAUCUGCUAUUGGUAUUUCUACUCGAUCACAGAAACCUUUAGCUCGUUGUCCUUCUAUAUCUACCGAAGGAGAAACAAUUUCCAUACCAACUCGUCAAAACGAUUCUAGAAAUACAAAAUUAUCUUAUAUCACAAACAACAAAAAAUCGCAAGAACAUCAUGGAAUUCAAAACAAACCUUCCAAAAAAUUAGCAAGUUUAAAUCCAACUUUUCAAAUUAAUAUGAUCAAUCAAAAAUCAGAACUUUUGAAAAUCUUAUAUGAACUUAAUGGAGAAAAUUUAAAGUCUGAUCAAAGGGGAAUCCAUCAAGAAUCAUUUACAUUAACUCGUAAACCUAGAGAUGUGACUACUCACGUUCUUGGAGUUCCUGUUACAAUUCGUGGAUUCUCGUCAAAGAAACUUAAACUUGCUAUCGCUUAA